UCUCAAAAAUAUUUCUGUAGUUCUUGAAUCAUUUAUAAUAUUUAAUAAAAUCACAACUUAAAAAAAAAACAAUUGCCGCAAUGGGUUCUUUUCGCCGUGAUAAAGAUGAUGAAGAUGAAGGCAUUACCAACAUCUAUCAAAAUUUGGAAAAGACAUCGGUUUUGCAGGAGACACGCACUUUCAAUGACACACCAGUUAACCCACGAAAAUGCAUCCAAAUUCUUACCAAAAUUCUGUACUUGAUCAAUCAGGGCGAACAAUUGGUUGCUCGUGAAGCUACGGAUUGUUUCUUUGCCAUGACAAAAUUAUUCCAAUCGAAAGAUGUCGUAUUGCGACGUAUGGUSUAUUUGGGAAUUAAGGAGCUUAGCUCCAUUGCUGAAGAUGUUAUAAUUGUAACAAGUUCCUUAACCAAGGAUAUGACUGGUAAGGAGGACCUAUACCGUCCAGCAGCUAUACGUGCACUUUGUAGCAUAACAGACAACACCAUGCUGCAAGCGGUUGAACGUUAUAUGAAACAAUGCAUCGUGGAUAAGAACUCUGCUGUAUCAUGCGCUGCGCUUGUAAGUUCGUUACGUUUAGCAAGCACCGCCGGCGAUGUAGUAAAACGCUGGGCAAACGAAGCACAAGAAGCACUUAACAGCGAUAACAUUAUGGUGCAAUAUCAUGCAUUGGGCUUACUCUAUCACAUUCGUAAAUCAGAUCGCUUGGCUGUGUCCAAGCUGGUAAACAAAUUGACACGUAGUUCAAUGAAGAGCCCAUAUGCAGUUUGCAUGCUCAUUCGCAUAGCUUGUAAGCUGAUUGAAGAAGAAGACAUCUCAACGGAAGACUUGGCUAAUUCGCCAAUGUUCACUUUUAUCGAAUCAUGUCUACGACACAAGAGUGAGAUGGUCAUCUAUGAAGCUGCACAUGCCAUUGUAAACUUAAAGAACACUAAUGCUCGUGUACUUUCGCCAGCAUUUUCCAUUUUGCAACUAUUCUGCAGCUCACAAAAAGCCACUUUACGAUUUGCAGCUGUACGCACGCUCAACAAAGUUGCAAUGACACACCCAGCUGCGGUCACCACAUGUAAUUUGGAUUUGGAAGGUCUUAUAACCGAUACAAAUCGUUCUGUUGCCACGCUAGCUAUUACCACUUUGUUAAAGACUGGUGCUGAGUCGUCCGUAGAACGUUUAAUGAAACAAAUCUCCUCCUUCGUAGCUGAAAUUUCAGAUGAAUUUAAAGUGGUCGUCGUCCAAGCGAUUUGUGCACUCUGCUCCAAAUAUCCACGCAAACAUACUGUGUUGAUGAAUUUCCUUAGCGGCAUGCUGCGUGAAGAGGGUGGUUUAGAAUACAAAACUUCAAUUGUGGACACCAUUAUAACGAUUAUUGAGGAAAACGCUGAAGCCAAGGAAUCCGGUCUUUCUCAUCUUUGUGAAUUUAUUGAAGAUUGUGAACACGUAUCGCUAGCAGUGCGCAUUCUGCAUCUAUUAGGCAAGGAAGGGCCUUUCGCUAACACACCAUCCAAGUACAUACGCUUCAUAUACAAUCGCGUUAUAUUAGAAAGUCCCAUUGUGCGCGCCGCAGCUGUUACAGCGCUGGCGCAAUUUGGUGCUUCCUGCCCKGCACUCAUAAAUAAUAUUUUGGUAUUGCUAAGUCGCUGUCAAAUGGAUCCCGAUGAUGAAGUACGCGAUCGUGCUACUUAUUAUUUGCACAUUUUGCAAUCCAACAAACCCGAACUCUACAAGCACUACAUUAUUGAACGUGAGACAUGCUCACUGACGUUGUUGGAAAAGGCAUUGACAGAGCAUUUAAAUGGCGAUUUGUCCACUAGUUUCGAUAUAUCGAUUGUACCCAAAACUGCUAUUGUUAAGGAGGAAGUUGCCAACGAGGCUAUGCUCAUUUCUAAUACACCGCGCGCUCCCAAAAUCACACGUGAGGAAGAAAGUGCUGCCCGUCUGUCACAACUACCGGGUAUACAAGUUCUAGGGCCAAUUCAUCGUACAACAGCACCCAUUCAACUUACUGAGAGUGAAACAGAAUACACCGUACAAUGCAUUAAACACAUAUUCGUCAAUCACAUCGUUUUUCAGUUUGAUUGUCUCAACACUUUGCCCGAUCAAAUAUUAGAAAAUGUGCGUGUMGAGUUAACCAUACCAGAAGGAUUUACAACACGCGCCGUUAUUCCAUGUCCCAAAUUGCCUUACAAUGAGUUGCAAACAACGUUCGUUAUUGUCGAAUUUCCACCCGACAUUGCCAGCUCGGCAGCAACAUUUGGCGCGACAUUGCGCUUUGUGGUGAAGGACUGCGAUCCGAAUACGGGCGAACCAGAUUCAGACAAUGGCUACGAAGAGGAGUAUAUGCUAGAGGACUUAGAAAUCACUGUAGCUGAUCAAAUACAGAAGACGAAAAAGAGCAAUUUCCAAGCAGUUUGGGAUGCCGCAGACACCGAAGAGUGGGUUGAAGCUGAGGAUACGUAUUCGCUGUCCGCCGUGAGUACAUUACAAGACGCCGUAAAUACUAUUUUGAAAUUCCUCGGUUUGGGCGCGGCCAAUUUAUCUGAGAAAGUGGCUGAGGGAACUCAUACACAUACCUUAAUUUGCUCAGGCACAUUUAGAGGUGGCGCAGAAAUAUUGGUGCGGUCGAAACUUGCGCUAUCGGAUGGCGUUACAAUGCAGCUAACUGUGCGUACCACCGAUCCAGAUGUUGCCGAGCUCGUCACGUCUGCCAUCGGAUAGGAUUAAGCCAAUUAGUUGUUUUGUGCAUUUUAAAGCGAAUAGAAGUGUUAUUAAGUUGGUUAAGUUUAAAAUGAGAAUACCGCUAACGCCGUUCGACAAUUUUGUGAAAAACAUUUGCCAACACAAAGUUGCAUUAUAUUUUGCCACCAACAGCUUCUAACUCUUCGAAUUAUGUGAUACAACUAUACUAUGUUGAAAAAAUUGUAGUGAACAGUUUGAUUUGCAAGUGGAAAGAAGCAUAAUGUGCAACUAAGUGGGCGAAAA